CUUCUUACAAUCAACUAAUUCAGCUUCAUUUGCUUCCACUUUCCUCAUUUAGAAGAAUUCUUUUCACAAACAUUUUUUUUUUUUUAAAUUGAAACAAUACAGUCUAGAAGAACAAGAAAACAUAGAACCAAGCAACAAGAUAACCCCUUUCAUAUUUAUAUUAAGGAAAAUAAAAAAACAUAGAAAAGUUUUCUUGUUUAACUUGUUCUUACUCAAUCUCUUUGAUUCUCUAUAGUUUAAUUCUCUUAAAUCUUGCUUUUACAUAUUCUGUACAUUGCCUUUUUUUUAAUAUUUUUUUGUUGGGUUUAAAUAAUCAUAGAUUUCAUCUGUGAUUUUGCUGAUGGGAAGUUUGAAAUCUGCACUUUGGUGAAGAAUUAUUUGAUGGGUUGUUGAAAUCUUGCUGAAAAUUGGGGUUUUUGGGGACUUAACUGAAAAAAGAUUGAAACUUUAGGGUCUUUAUGUGGAAUUAUUUGGUGGGGUGUUGAAAUCUUGGAGUUAUAUCGCUGAAUUCCUUUGUGGGUCCUGCUAAAGAUUGGGUUUUUGGGGACCUUGUUGAAAAAAGAUUGAAACUUUAGGGUCUUUUGGGGGAAAUAUUUGGUGGGGUGUUUGAAUUUUGGAGUUCCAUUGCUGAAUUCCUCUGUGGGUCUGCUAAAAGUUGGGUUUUUGGGGACCUUGUUGAAAAAAGAUUGAAACUUUGGGGUCUUUUUGGUGAAAUAUUUGGUGGGUUGUUUGAAUUUUGGAGUUCCUUUGCUUAAUUCCUUUGUGGGUGUGCUUAGAAUUGGGUUUAGUGAAGGAAAAGAAUGUAAAGUUGGGAUCUUGUUGGGGAAAUAUUUGGUGGGUUAUUGCUAUUUUGGAUCAAUUUGGGAGGUGUUAGUAGAUUUGAGAAAGAUAGUGUUUUGUGAUCCCUUUUGGGUUUGUUGGGAAUUGAGUAUUUGGUGACUUAUGGCAUUUUGACAUCUAUUUGAAAGAUUUGUUGGGUGAAUUCUUGAAGAUUUUGGGUUCUUGAAGUUGUUGUGAUUUGGGAUAAAAAUGAGUUCAAAUGCUUCAUCAGGUGUGGUACAAGUAGGCAAGCUUUUGGUACUUAUUGCUGAGAAUGGUCAAUCAUAUAAGCUGAAUUGUGAUGAAUAUACACUUGUUGAUGCUGUCCAGCAAUUCUUAGAAUCUGUUUCUGGGAUUCCAAUUAGUGAUCAGCUUCUUUUAUGCUUAGAUGUGAAACUUGAAUUACAUUGUCCACUUUCUACUUACAAGCUCCCAUCCGAUGACCGGGAAGUUAUCUUGUUUAAUAAAGCUAAAAUGAGAAGCAACGCGCCACCUCCGUUACCCGAGCAAGUUGAUAUGAUCGAUAUUCCUGAUCCGCCGUUACCAUCGUCCAAUCAUGAUCCCCACCCUUUGGAUGAUGCCACAGACCCCGCCCUAAAAGCCUUGCCUUCUUAUGAGAGGCGAUUCAGGUUCCACUUCCAGCGUGGUCAUUCCAUUUACAACCGUUCCCAAAUGAGGACCGAGAUUUGUGAGAGGCUUUUACUAGAGCAAAAAGUGCAAGAACGGGCGUUAGGGAUAGCUAGGGGGAAUCUUGAUCACUAUUAUGGGAUGAUACUGCAAAAUUACAAUGACUUUUUGAAGUGUUACUCGCAGCAAUAUCGUAGCCAUUCUAACUUGCUGACGAAUUUCGGAAGGGAUAUAGAGAAGUUGAGGUCUUGCAAGCUUCAUCCUGCUUUGCAGACUGCUAACCGCAAGUGUUUGCUGGAUUUCGUGAAAGAAGAGAACUUGCGGAAGUUGGCAGAGGAUUGUAGCGGUUCCCACAGGCAGUUUGAGCAUAAAGUGUCUGAAUUUAAGCUCGAGUUUGGAGAGCUAGAGCACAAUGCUAAGCAUUUAUUUUCUACCAAGGGUUCACAUCUUAUUAGGGAAGUGGAACUAGCUAUCAGAGACCAUCAGAAAUAUGUCAGUGAGCAGAAAAGCAUAAUGCUGGCUUUGAGCAAGGAUGUGGAUAUGGUCAAAAAGCUCGUGGAUGACUGUUUGACCGAUCAGUUAUCAUCGUCACUCCGUCCACAUGAUGCUGUUUCGGCCUUGGGACCAAUGUAUGAAUGCCAUGAGAAAAGUUACCUUCCCAAGAUGCAGGCUUGUGAUGGUGCAAUCUCCAAUUUGGUUGAGUUCUGCAAGGAUAAAAAGAACGAAAUGAACAUUCUUGUUCAUAAUUAUAUGCAAAAGGUAGCAUAUAUCCAGUACACCAUCAAAGAGAUACGAUGCAAAUUUGCUGUUUUCCAGGAAGCUUUGAGGCGUCAAAGUGAUUUAUUUGAGCACUUAAAAGUAGUCCGAGGGAUUGGUCCUGCAUACAGGGCAUGCCUUGCCGAAGUGGUAAGAAGAAAAGCUGCAAUGAAACUAUACAUGGGAAUGGCCGGUCAAUUAGCUGAGCGGCUUGCAACCAAGAGGGAGGCAGAAGUUCGUAGAAGAGAGGAGUUUCUUAGGGUAAAUAGUACAUUUAUUCCCCGGGAUAUUUUGGCUUCCAUGGGACUGUAUGAUACCCCUAACCACUGUGAUGUCAAUAUAACUCCUUUUGACACUAAAUUGCUCGAAGUUGAUAUCUCAGACAUCGAUCGCUAUGCUCCUGAGUAUCUAUUGGGAAAGCAUGGGACCUUGAAGAGUCCACUUUCCAUGUCUAAUGACGGUUCCCAGUUAGCGGAAACUGAGAUAAGUGACUUCUCUGAGAAUAUUGAUUGUGAGGAAUUACUUCAGGGCUCGGAGGUUCUGGAUAUUGCUGGAACUAGCAAAAUGGAAGUGGAAAAUGCAAAAUUGCGGGCUGAACUUGCUUCUAAAAUAGCCUUUAUGUGUUCUACCUGUCCUGAAUUUGAUUAUGAAUCACUUGAUGAUAGUAAAAUUGAUAGUUUACUAAAAGAAGCAAGAGAGAAAACUUCUGAGGCUCUACAUCAGAAAGAAGAGUAUGAAAAACACCUUCAAUCUAUGCUUAAGGCGAAGCAAAUUCAAUGUGAAUCUUAUGAAAAACGGAUUCAAGAGUUGGAACAGAGGUUGUCUGAUCAUUACUCGCAAGGGAACGCACAUUCUGCUGAUGAGGGUGUAUCUAACUUAACUGCUUCAGCUGUGAAGAACGAUGACAACAAAUCAGAUGUGUCAGGUGUUGGAGAACCUCACAUGCUACAUAUGCCUGCUGAAGUCAUGGAUGAGGUUUCUAGUUCAUCAAAUAUCCAACCUGAUAAUAUGGCUGAUUCCUCUGGUAUGUUAAACCCUCAGUUGGAUUCAUCUAUGCUAGAUCCACAUCGUGAUGAAGAGCAUGAAAACCUUCCCGUGAAAGACAAGAAAGAUAUGGCACUUGCGACAAGUUCCAUGGCUGAGAGUAUAUCCCAGCCUCAGACCGACAUGCCUUCUGAAGUUACUGCUGAACAAGAUUCGGAGGCUAAAGCUAGAGAGGAUCUUCUCCUGGAGUUGCAAGGUGUCCUGGCUGAUAAAUCAAAGCUACUGGAUGAAAGCGAAAGCAAGGUGAAGUCCUUGACAGAGGAGGUAGCUAAGCUGGUGAGGGAUUUGGAGAUCAGAGGGAAGCUUCUUGAUGAAUCUCAGAUGAAUUGUGCUUAUUUAGAGAAUUGCCUUCAUGAAGCAAGAGAGGAAGCUCAAACCCAUCUAUGUGCAGCUGAUAGAAGGGCCUCAGAGUAUAGCUCAUUGCGUGCUUCUGCAGUCAAAAUGCGCAGCCUCUUUGAAAGAUUGAGAGCAUGUGUAUUGUCCGGUGGUGUGGCUAGUUUGGCUGAGUCCUUGCGUGCAUUAUCUCAAUCAUUAGCCAAUUCAAUCAAUGAAAAAGAGUUCGAUGGCUCAGCUGAAUUCCUCGAAUGCAUCCGAGUACUUGCUGAUAAAGUUGGUGCAUUAUCAAGGCAUCGAGCAGAGCUGGUUGAUAAAUGUUCCAAGGUUGAUGCUGCAAAUAAGCAGGUAUCAAAGGAGUUGGAAGAAAAGAAAGAAUUGGUAAAUACCCUCUACAAAAAGCAUCAACACGAGAAGCAGGCAAACAAAGAGAAGAUAUCAUUUGGGCGUUUAGAAGUCCAUGAGAUUGCAGCAUUUGUCCUCAACGCGACUGGAAAUUACGAGGCUAUCAAUCGGAACUGUCCGCGUUACUACCUCUCUGCAGAAUCCGUUGCUCUGUUUACUGACCAUCUUCCAAACCGUCCAAGCUAUAUCGUAGGGCUGGUUGUGCAUAUUGAACGACAGACUGUGAGGGCCUCACCCUCAACAUCAUCAGUUCGAGCUGACCAUGAUAGAGAUCGUUUAGAUAUAAUGCUGACUUCUGACACAGGAACCAGUCGUUUGUCCUUGAAUUCAGGAUCAACUACGAACAACCCAUAUGGUCUACCUGUUGGCUGUGAAUACUUCGUCGUGACAGUAGCCAUGUUACCAAAUACCACUAUUCAUUCACCACCACCUUCCUGAUCUGAUGAAUGGAAAAUGAAAGAAAUGAAGGAAGAAAUCAAAAUUGUACAGAAUGAUUUAUAUAGUUAACUAGUAGUACUCUUCUUCAGAGGGAUUCUUUGCUUGAUUUCCUAUUGUACAGCUGAUGAUGAAAAUCAAUCAGAGCUCUUCUUCCUGUGUAUAUUUUGCUUUUUUCUUAUAAACAUGUGAAUAUUCAUCCUUCUUUUAUUAGUGCCUUUAAUCAAACGUUUGAUGAUACCUCA